ACCACACGCUGAUGAAAUCGCUAGUAAUGUUUACGUCUAUACAUACCUAAACACCACUCAUAAUGUCGGUUUUAAGCCAAUGUUUUGCCACUUUACGUUCAUCGGAUUCUUCGAGGACGAGGCUGACUUUCCGCCGGUUGUUUCGGUGUUAUUAUCACCGUCGUUUAACACUGUCCGGACUCCGUACAGAUGUUUUUUGCAGACCUCCAGGACCCGCAACGACCACAGCCAGGACGGGCCUUCUGACCUCACACGACCAGCGUACGGUUCAUACUUUGUUACCCGCUGACAGAUGUGAAGCUCAUCUUUGUAGCUGUCGAGGAUUCUCAACUUCACCGAGUAUCAGAAGUGACGCCAUUGGGCAGAUCCAGUCAAAACAUUAUCACCUCAUUUACACAUGCAAGGUUUGCUCUACCAGGUCCACGCAGAAGAUAUCCAAGCAGGCUUAUCACAAAGGUGUUGUGAUAGUGACAUGUCCAGGAUGUAAGAAUCACCAUAUCAUCGCUGAUAACCUCAAGUGGUUCUCUGACCUGGAAGGGAAGAGAAACAUUGAAGAAAUCCUCGCUGCCAAAGGAGAGACUGUGAAGAGGGUUGAAGGAAGUGCUGCUUUGGAGAUUGUGAUGGAUGAAUCCAGGAAAGAUGAGUCAGAGCGUGGUGAAGACAAAGAGAAAUCAAACAAUGACCCAGAAAAACAAUAAUGCUGUAUUUAUACUGUGUAUAUGUAUAUUGUAAGAUGUUUAUAUUUUUAAUUUCAUGAUAAAGACAAAUCAAUCACCAGUGUAUUUGUUGUCAUGGAUUCUGAGCAAUGAUUAGGGAAAUGAGUGAGACUAGCUUUUAAUAGCAGUGGCAAGAACUAUAAUCCCA